AGCUUCUGCAGUGGCAUCUUGGUGUAAGGCUCAGAAUCGUUCAAUAGUGUAUUUCAUUGCUGAACAUUCUAUCAUCUAGAUAAACUUAUGGCCGGCAAGUAUUCUGUUGCGUGUCAGAACUUAUGUACCACUAACCAAAGCAAUAAUCUAGCUUGCAAUGGCGCUCACCUGCUCUCUGAUUUUGCUGGCGUUAUCGAUGCGCGUGACAAACGGGAUGCAUGGGCAGAACUGUACAAUGCCUAUCGAUAGCGCUGGCGUUCUGCAGAUCAUUUGGCUGACGAGUCGCCUCCGUGUACUACCAGAUCUCGUAAGUGACGUGGAAGGUCCACGAGAGGAUAUCCUUCGUGCUGCUGGGAUGGUCGAUGUGGACCUGCUGCAGGAGUUGAAUAGCGUGCAAGUGGAUGAUAGUUAACAAUAGUUACUAAUACAAAAUUUCCCUGAGGUCAGACAUGGUUAUGUCUGGCAGUGUCGGGAGCAUCGCGCGCUGGAAUGAUCAGCUGUAAAUCCUGCCCUGUAAUCAUAUAGAACUUGAUAUCUGUUGCUCCGAUUCGACGUCAUAGAUCGACCGAUUCAUAUAUUCUUCCAAACCUCAUACGUGUCCGAAGCCAGCAUCUCCGACCUGGCUUUGAACGGAACGCGUUUCCUCACACCCGCCCAUUGCUGAGCGGCAGUACAUCGGGCAAAGAGUUGGACAAUCAUAUCUUCUUGACCGCGUUGUCUCCGUCGUCCCUUGCUCUCCUCUGCUUGGU